AUGAGCACUACAGACGUUCAGGGUGACGAGGGCAGAAAGGUAGAAGAGGAGGAGGAGGAGGAGGACGACGAUGACGACGACGACGAGGAGGAGGAGGACGAGGAGGAACAGAAUAAUAAAAGAUGGAAAAGAACGCAUUGCGCCGACGCGGGGCCAAUAAAUUGGACGUUUCUGCUCCGCGGGUGGUGUAUUAAAUCGUUCGCUCGUUCGCACGAGAAGUGGCGCGAAAGCUCGAAGAAUGAACGAAACUUCCUAAUGGACGGCGAAGGUCCGCCGCGACGUCAUCUGUCUCGUCACCGUCACCCCCCCCCCGCCGAUAACCUUCUUCUCAGUUCGUCCUCUCUGCAGCUGCUGCUGACGACUCUGCGGGGUUCAUCUCAAGAUGCAGACCUCCACCAAUCUCCUCAUAUUCGCAUUAUAAGUGGAUUUUCCAAUGAGAAUUUUGGGCAAACACCGUUUUUCAUAAUGAAAGUCAAAAAGUACUUUGUUGCAUGUCAAUGA